UCUUGGCCAAGAAAGGAGUGUCAUUGGCAAAACUGCUGCUUUAAAUCUUGCAGAGGCUCUGGGCACCAUUUCUUCUGUUAAAGUCGCCCACAUCUCAAAAAUUAGACCAAAAAGUUUGAGUGUACCCAUUUCUGGGACAUUUUUCGGGCUGAAAUGCAAAUGGAUUUUCAACAUAUGUAGUAUUUGGGUAUCUGUAUUUCUCUCUGUGUGCAUGUCUGCAUCAUGUAGGCAUUUCCAGAUAUAUUUGAUGAUAACCCUUUGUAGUGCUAAGAAUUUAUGACUUACUCAAGUGAACAAGAUAAUUUCACAAUUGUGUGGAUAUUUGAAUCUCGCUAGUAUUCUAUGUGUCAGAUGAAUCAUAACAUUAGGGAUUAAUCCAGCAUUUUGGCAUGUUGGCUUUUUUCAUUGUAAUGCAUGCUUUUUACUUGUGAUUUUUCACAUGUUGGGCACCCAUUUUAUAAACAACCAUUAAACUUAUGUCAAUCUUCUAGACAAAGAGGAUGGCAAGAAGAGCAUUCUGGACAAGUGAAAAUCACAAGAGGAAUUAAAAAAGACAGUGAAUCCAGUCAGCAAUCAAAGUCUUCCAGUUUCCUCCAGAAAACAACAAAACUCUCCUUCACUGUCAAGCAACAGACAAAAAAGAAUAACAGGAAUAGAGUUUUGAGCUGGAAAAAAUUGAGUCUGGAACUCAUAUCCAAAUUCAGGAAAAAGAUGGAAGUAUCGGGAAAUCAGUGGGGAGAAACCUGUGGCUUGCAUAGUUAUGUAGGGCAGGCAGUUAUAGAAGCCUUGCCCUGUGAAGAAAUAAAGAAUAGCUUGAAUCAAAGCAACAGGCAAGACGGGAUCCAAAAUAUUUUUGACCUCCAGAAUCCAUUGGUGGAAAAAUCCCACAGAUGUGGGAAAAGCACAGAUUGUGGAUCACAGCUGAUUAUGCACGAGAGUUUCCACACUGGAGAAAAACCAGACGAAUGUUCUGAGUGUGAGAAGGUCUUUUGCUACAGCUCCUUCCCUUUUGAAAAUAAAAGGACUUACACUGGAGAGAAUCCAUACCAAAGCUUCCAGUAUGGUGGAAAUUUUAGCAAGCAUGCUCCUCUAUUGUUACACCAGAAGGCUCCUACAGGUGAGAAACCAUAUGAGUGUCCGAACUGUGGGAAAGCUUUCAGUCAGAAUUCCCACCUUGUAAACCAUCAGAGGACUCAUACAGGGGAGAAACCGUACGAGUGUCCAGAUUGUGGGAAAGGUUUCAGUCAGAAUUCCAAUCUCUUGAUGCACCAGAGGACUCACACAGGGGAGAAACCAUAUAAAUGUUCAGAUUGUGGGAAAAGUUUCCGUCUUAAUUCCCAUCUGGUGGUACACAAGAGGUCUCACACGGGUGAGAAACCAUAUGAGUGCCUGGAUUGUGGGAAAGGUUUCACUCACAGUUCCCACCUUGUGAUACACCGGAGAACUCAUACAGGAGAGAAACCUUAUGAGUGUCCAGAUUGUGGGAAAGGUUUCCGUGUUAAUUCCCAUCUGGUGGCUCACCAGAGGACUCACACAGGGGAGAAACCAUAUCAGUGUCUGGAUUGUGGGAAAAGUUUCAGUCAGAAUUCCCAACUAGUGGUGCACCAAAGGACACACACAGGAGAGAAACUGUAUGAAUGUCCAGAAUGUGGAAAAAGUUGCACUCACAAUUCCGACCUCAUGGUACACCUGAGGACACACACAGGAGAGAAACCGUAUGAGUGUCCAUACUGUAGGAAACGUUUCAGUCACAAUUCCAACCUGGUGGUACACCAAAGGAUACACACAGGAGAGAAGCCGUAUGAGUGUCCAUACUGUGGGAAAAGUUUCAGUCGGAAUUCUUAUCUGGUGAUACACCAGAGGACCCACACUGGUGAGAAACCAUAUCAGUGUUUGGAUUGUGGGAAAAGUUUUAGUCACAGUUCUGAACUGGUGAGACACCAGAGGAUACAUACAGGAGAGAAACCGUACGAGUGUCCAGACUGUGGGAAAAGUUUCAGUCAGAAUUCCAGCCUGGUGAUACACAAGAGGACUCACACUGGGGAGAAACCAUAUGAGUGUUCAGAUUGUGGGAAAACUUUCAGUCAGAACUGCUACCUAAUUAUACAUGAGAGGACUCACACAGGAGAGAAACCAUACGAGUGUCUCUAUUGUGGGAAAAGUUUCAUUCGGAAUUAUGCCUUGGUGAUACACCAGAGGACUCAUACUGGGGAGAAACCAUAUGAGUGUUUGGAUUGUGGGAAAAGUUUCCGUCUCAGUUCCCACCUGGUGGUGCACCAGAGGAUUCACACUGGGAAGAAACCAUAUGAGUGUCAGGAUUGUGGGGAAAGUUUCAGUCAGAAUUGUCUCCUGAUAUACCACCAGAGGGCACACACAGGAGAAAAACCAUAUGAGUGUCCAGAUUGUGGGAAAAGUUUCAGUAACAAUUCUCACCUGGUGGUGCACCAGCGGAUUCACACAGGAGAAAAACCAUAUGAGUGUCUGGAUUGUGGGAAAAGUUUCAGUCGGAAUUCCCACCUGGUGGUGCAUCAGAGGACUCACACAGGGGAGAAACCGUAUGAGUGUCCGGAUUGCGGAAAAGGUUUUAGUACUAGAUCUAAACUUGUAAAUCAUGUAGGUUUACACAUAGGGGAGAAACCUUUCAAAUGCUCAGAGUGUGGGCGGUGUUUUACACAAAAUUCCUCCCUUACUGCACACAAGAAAAUCCACACGAGGCAAAAGCCAUACCAGUGCUCUCAAUGUGAUAAGAGUUUUCGCAAAGACACACCCUUACUGAUACACCACAAGACACACACAGGUGGGAAACCAUACGAGUGUAUGGAUUGUGGGAAACAUUUUACUUACAAUUCCCACCUGGUGAAACACCAGAGGACUCACACAGGGGAAAAACCUUAUGAGUGCCCAGAUUGUGGGAAAAGAUUCCGUACUAAUUCACACCUGGUGUCGCACAAAAGAACUCACACGGGGGAGAAACCACAUCAGUGUAUGGAUUGUGGAAAAAGUUUCAGUCGGAAUUCCCAACUAGUAAUUCACCGGAGGACACACACAGGAGAGAAUCUAUAUGAAUGUUUGGACUGUAGGAAAAGUUUCAGUCAGAAAUCCCAUCUGGUGGUACACCAGAGGACACACACAGGAGAGAAACCGUAUGAAUGUCCAUAUUGUGGGAAACGUUUCAGUUACAGUUCCAACCUGGCAGCCCACCAGAGGAUUCACACUGGGGAGAAAUCAAAUGAGUGUCCAGAUUGUGGGAAAAGUUUCAGUCGGAAUUCCUACCUGGUGAUACACCACAGGACUCACACUGGGGAGAAACCGUAUGAAUGUCCUGAUUGUGGGAAAAGUUUCAUUCACAGUUCUGAACUGGUGAGACACCAGAGGACACACACAGGAGAGAAACCAUAUGAAUGUCCAGACUGCGGGAAAAGUUUCAGUCAGAGUUCCAGCCUGGUGUCACACAGGAGGACUCACACUGGGGAGAAACCUUAUGAGUGUCCAGAUUGUGGGAAAACUUUCAGUCAGAGUUGUUACCUGGUUAUACAUGAGAGAACUCACACAGGGGAGAAACCAUAUGAAUGUCUAUAUUGUGGGAAAAGUUUCAUUCGGAAUUACUCCUUGGUGAUACACCAAAGAACUCACACAGGAGAGAAACCGUACAAAUGUGUGGAUUGUGGGAAAAGUUUCCGUCUUAAUUCCCAUCUGGUGGUCCAUCAGAGGACUCACUCUGAGAAGAAACCAUAUGAGUGCCAGGAUUGUGGGGAAAGUUUCAGUCAGAAUUGCCUUUUGGUAUACCACCAGAGGCGACACACAGGAGAGAAACCAUUUGAGUGUCCAGAUUGUGGGAAAAGUUUCAGUAACAAUUCCCACCUGGUGGUGCAUCAGAGUAUUCACACAGGUGAGAAACCAUAUGAGUGCCAGGAGUGUGGGAAGACUUUUAGUCGUAAUUCUCACCUGCUGAUACAUCAGAGGUCUCAUACAGGAGAGAAACCAUAUGAGUGUCAGGAGUGCGGGAAAACUUUCAGUCGGAAUUCCCACUUGGUGAUACACCAAAGAACUCACACAGGAGAGAAACCAUAUGAGUGUCCUGAUUGUGGGAAAGGUUUCGCUACUAAGUCUAAACUUGUAGUUCAUGUAGCUUUACACAUUGGGGAGAAACCUUUCAAAUGCCCGGAGUGCGGACGUAGCUUCACACAAAAUUCCUCUCUUACCGCACACAAGAAAAUCCACAUGAGACAACAAGUGAUGAGUCUGGAAAAGUCUUGAAUUUCAUUUCUGGUCUGUCGUCAGAGGUGCAGGAGAUCUAGGGAGGCCUAAUAGAAGCGUCAACCGACCUGCCUCAGGCCUUCCCCACUCCAAGAUACUCAUCCAGUGGCCCAACUGUCCUGCCAGCGAGAAUCGGUGGGAAAGGAAUUGGUGUGCCUGCCUUUCCUAAUUCUGCCUCUGACCUUCUUGCUCCCAACGUGCCCUGGG